AUGCCCGUGCACACCUACAUGCUCGACUACACGAUGUUCGCGUUCAAGGAUCUCAAGUGCAAGGACAAGCUCGGCUCUUCACCGUCUCUCAAGGACCAAGUCAACUUCCGUUCCGGACAAGCGCGUCUCUUCGCGACUUCUCCAAGGACAAUUCGCAAGUACGUUUCUCCUGAAGGAAGGAAGGAUGCGUGCGCCAUGCCCGUUUGUGCCAAGCCAACGUCGUCUACGCCAAGUCAAGCUCGUCCCCCCGCCACCAUCUUUUGCGUCGAGGGACCUCCGCUCCCGAGGGGAGGG